UCAGAUUCAUACCAUCCAUCAAUGGAACGUAUAAUGGUGUUGGUUCUGGAAGAAAGUGAUCGGAUUUCAGCUGAGAUGAUUAAACCGCUACUGGCUAAUGUUAAGAAAGAUAACGAGGGAGUUCUGCCAGUAGCUAGAAAGUUGGCGGAAGGAGUUCUCCUGAAAUCUGCAGAUAAACUAAAGCCGAAUCUGAUGCCUGCUACAGUAUCUCUGGGUGAUACUUCAGAAGAGUACACCAAAGUUGCGGCUUCAGUAUGUGAAGGCAAAACUGCUACAGUUGAACACAGUGAUGAAGUUACUUCCGGGGUACAACAGGCCACAGAGUGCAAAUUGGUUAAGGAAUCUAAAUUCAAGGCACAUCAGGCUGAUGAGAUCAUCCUUACCACAACAUCAUCAGAUCACACUGGCCAGGUUUUUAAAAAAGGGGCUUGUCUUAAAGAGGUAGAUUCUACGUUAGAUAGAUCUCUAAAGUCGGUAAUGAUCAAUGGAGUAGAUGGGAUGGGUAAUCAAGAAGCUUCAUUUGAUCUUGAAACCUCAAACAAGUCGGAGGAAGAAGUCAUAAAUCAAGAAGGUGAUAAGAAACACACAGAAGGUUCCAUUUUGGAUAAAGAAUCAAAGCCAGAAGACCAGGCUUCCAGAAAGAGAGGAAAAGAAGAUGAUACUGUAAUGAAUUCAACCGAAUCAGUGGUGGGUCUUGCUGACAAGAGGGCCAGUGCAGAAAUUUCCGAUGGAAGUGCGAAAAAGAUCAGGGUAUCUAGAGUAGUGAGGGAUAGUUGUUUAGCUCCUUCCCCAGUCACAUGCUCAGAUGCCACUGUGGAGGGGAGAGAGUCUGACAGGACAGCAUCUGGUCAUUUACCCUUGGGUGAUAAGGAUGUCAUGCGUAAUCCAUCUCACCAAAUGUUUCUGCCUGGUGCUUCGAUCCCUACUGCAGAAGAGAGGGUGAGGAAAAUGGGCCGUUCAGGUGUUGUUGAUCAGCUGCAGGGGAUAGCUAAUGAGUCUGCUGCUUUGUUUUCUCAUGCUGCAGAUUCUAUUCAUGCUUUGGAAUUAGAUCAUUCGGAGCUGGAAAGGCAGCUAAAUGAGUUUAUCCUUCGUGAUAAGGGGUAUCAUGAGAAGAUUAGUGUAUUGGAGAGGGAGGUGUCAGAUUUGAAGUCCCUGGGUGAACAGAUGAAGCUAAAUUUGGAGGCGAGGGUUGUGGAUGCCGAGAGAAGAGCUUUGGAGGCUGAGACAAAGCUUGCAGUGGCAAAGAGGAAAAUGGUGGAGGCAGAGGGUACCAUGAAGGCUGCUUUGGCCUCUUUUGCUUUAUAAUGUAAAUCUGGAAAUGUGAAAAGCGUAGGAAGAACCACCCUAUGUUGCUUGUUACAAUGAUUUUUAUCAUUGCAGAAGGAAUUUGCCAUUGUAAUGCAAGCAAUUUUGAGACUUUGACCUUCGGGUAUGAUAUCUUUUGACCUCAAUAUUGAUGUGAUUUCUUUUUGUUGUUAAAAAGGUCAAGAUCAAUACAGUUUCCGAGCUUUAUAAAGUAUGGUCUAAUUUCAAAAA